UCAGUGUGCCAAGCAGUUCUCAGGUUCGCAGCAAUGGCUGCUCAUCAGUUUGCGGUGGCAACAGCAGUCCUCAGUUGCCUUCUUGCUCUUGCAACAUUUGCAAGCUGCAACACUGAAGGUGACAUACUGUACAAGCAAAGGUUGGCAUGGAAGGACCCAAACAAUGUGCUCCAGAGCUGGGAUCCGACUCUUGUCGACCCCUGCACCUGGUUUCAUGUCACUUGCAACAACGAUAACUCCGUCAUCCGUGUGGAUUUGGGGAACGCAGGCAUCUCAGGCCCUCUGAUUCCAGAUCUGGGAGGACUGCAGAACCUCCAGUACCUCGAGUUGUAUGACAACAGCCUGAACGGUACAAUACCAGCAACAUUGGGAAACCUGACUAAACUCAUCAGCUUGGAUCUUUAUGAAAACCAGCUUACUGGAGAGAUACCGGCUACGCUUGGCGCCAUCAGCAACCUGCGAUAUCUGAGGUUGCACGAGAACAACCUGACUGGGGCUAUACCAACUUCUUUGGGCAAUCUGACGAGCCUUCAGGAAUUGAAACUUCAGAAGAAUGAACUCAGCGGCUCUAUUCCAUCCUCCUUUGGAAACCUCAAAACAGUGUUGAUCCUGAAGUUGAACGAUAACAUGCUGUCCGGCAUGGUUCCACUGGAAGUCCUCUCUCUUCUCAUUUCUGGGAAUUUGACGGAGAUAAAUAUUGCAGAGAACGACUUGACAGGCACAGUGAGAUCAUCAGGAUUCAGAGUGACGGCGAUUAUCCAGGACAAGCUGAAGAAUGCAUGAUGAGUCCCUGGAUCGUGACAUUGUUUUCCUUCAUGCGUGUUGGAAAUAAACAAAUAAAUCCAAUGACAGGGAUCAAUAUAGACAUCUUGCAGUAGGGAUUCUUCUGCUCAAUAAAACUUAUUUGUCUGGGGUUU